AUAACAACUUUGAUCUAGAUACCUUUUGAAUACAGCUGUCAUUAUUUUCCAAUGUGGCAGUGGGUGUUAGCCUAAAUCUUAUAUACAGUAGCCUACCAGAAGCUUGGACACAUUCAAGAGUUGUGGAAAAGGUUCCCCUUCUAGUAUAGACAUUAAUUGUUCGGAUGCCCUCUACUGAGUUGAUAUUGCUAUUACAAAGGUGUGGGGAGGAUAGUUAAAGCGGACAGUGAAGUCACGUUACCUCAGACCUCAAGAAAGGACGUCGCUCUACAUAUUAAGUUGAAGCAUUGAGUGCGCAUUCGUAGAGCAGGCAUAUGUAAUUAACAGAAGGAUCCUUUAACAGUUGGGAACAUACCAGUUCUGAUCAACCAUGAACAGGUGUGAUCUAGUUACACUCAGUUCUCAGAGAUCCGGAUACAACAUAUUUACCUUCCACUCAACAGGAUUAUCAGCACAAUGUUGGAUGAGCGGAGAGAGAAGGACAGCAACACAGACGGCUGUGGAGUAAAGGGAGGAGAGCUGGAGGAAGUGACAGAGCAGAACGAGGUGAGAGCAAAACAAGAAGACAAGCCAAAGGAGGAGAUUGAGGAGGGAAAGGAAGAGGAGAGAGAAGGAGCAGGAAGAACAGAGAAAAAAGGAGCAUUAAGACAAGAGGAGAAGAGAGAAGAUAUGUGUUUUAAACACAAUGAGCCACUGAGGAUGUUCUGUGACAGAGAUAAAGAGUGGAUCUGUGUUAGCUGCUGGGAGUCAGAACACAAUGAUCACAUGAUCAAAACCCUGAGGCAGGCCGAAGAGGAGAUGAAGAAGGAGGUGACUGCAUCCUUGGUGCUACUUCAACAUGGCAUUGAGGAUGUGGAUGAGCUUAGGAGAAGGCAGGAGAUCAUUACCUCAUCUAACAGACAGAGAAACCUCUUAGUCAGAACCCAUAUCUCCUCGCAGUUUAAGAAGGUGAGGGAGCAGCUCAGAGUGCAGGAGGAGCGGGCAGUGAGACAGAUUAAAGAGCUGAAUGAGGAUGCCGACAGGAGGCUGACUGAGAUGGAGGAGGUUCUGAGGGGGGGCAGGGAGAGGGAGGCCCUGCUGAAGGCUGGGAUGGAGAUGGAAGACUUUGGUGGGUUUUUCCACUGGUGGACUGAGACUGGGCGGGCUGAGUGUGAGACCCAGAGCCCACUGAAAGAGAAAUGUCCAGAGCUCAGUAAUCUACUGCUCAGCUUUCAGAGUUCAAAACAGGAACCAGGGUUUGGAUCUGGACUGGCCCAGCCAGAAAAACGGGCACCAGGAUUUGGUUUCGGAAUUUCCCAUCCAGAGAAACAGGCACUAGGGUUUAGUUUUGGAACGGCCCAGCCAGAGAAACAGGCACUAGGGUUUAGUUUUGGAACGGCCCAGCCAGAGAAACAGGCACUAGGGUUUAGUUUUGGAACGGCCCAGCCAGAGAAACAGGCACUAGGGUUUAGUUUUGGAACGGCCCAGCCAGAGAAACAGGCACUAGGGUUUAGUUUUGGAACGGCCCAGCCAGAGAAACAGGCACUAGGGUUUAGUUUUGGAACGGCCCAGCCAGAAAAGUUUAGUUUUGGACAGAAUGCUCUUGGGCAAGGAUUUAUAAAUUGCUCAGAUACAUUAACAAGACCGAAACAGCCUGUCAGUCUGUUGGAGUUCAUUGACCUCAAGGCAAUAGAGGUCAGCAUCUUUAAUACCAUUGCAGAAACUCAACGACCUCAGGGCAGUGUGUUUGGAGCCUCUUCAGAACUCCAACAACCUGGGAGGUUUUGUACAACAUCAUAUCCUGUGUUUGGACUGCACUCUUUGAAAGGCCUAACCCCUAAACCCUAACCCCUAAACCCUAACCCCUAACCCCCAACCCUAAACCCUAACCCUUAACCCCUAACCCCCAACCCUAAACCCUAACCCCCAACCCUAAACCCUAACCCUAACCGUAUGAUUUUAGUAUUAAUUUGGAGUUGUUUGAUUUGCCAGUUGCGCAGAGAGAGUUAGAAUUUUUUACAAAAUAAUUACUUAAACAGAGCAUAUCAUAGUAUAUAGUUGACAUUUUGUUUAUAGUCGGCCAAACACUGUAUUUGACAUGAGCUGUAGUUGUGUUGUUGUUGGGUAGUGUGUUGUGUAGGUGUAGUUAAACUAUAGUGGUAGCUGUAGUUUGAGCUGUAGUUGGAGAUGAGUUGUAGCUGUGUGUAGUUGGAGAUAUUAGCUGUGUGUAUUUGAAGACAUUAGCUGUAGUUUGAGCUGUAGUUGGAAAUGAGUUGCAGCUGUGUGUAUUUGGAGACAUUAGCUGAGGCUGUAGUUGGAGAUGAGUUGUAGCUGUGUGUAUUUGGAGACAUUAACUGAAGCUGUUGUUGGCAUAAUUCAUUAUACAUAGUCUCAACACCAUGGUGCCUGGUUUCUGCCGCAACAAUUGAGGUGUGAUAUGCUAUUGUGUAUCUUUUUUCUAUUAUUUAAUUAUAUAUGAAAUACAGCAUGUUGGGUUAAACUGAUUGCAUGUUUUGAGUAAUC